AUGUUAGCUUCAGGAAGACAUGCAAUUGUUAUGGUGCUUGGAAGUUCCAUAGCCGCUUCUCUUCUUCCAUCCCUGGGAUCAUCCAGAGAGACACCCAAAUUGGUUCAAACCUACAGGAUCAGCCAGCCGAAUCCUCUCCAGCUGACACCUGAACUCUCAUUCCAGAUCGGAGUUCAUGCAUUCCUGCUCUGGGCUUCGGUUGGUUUCUUAAUGCCUGUUGGAAUCAUCAUCAUCAGGAUGUCGCACAGAGUUGAAUGCAUCAAAAGGCUCAAGGUUCUGUUCUAUGCCCACCUCAUUGUUCAGAUUAUGGCAAUCCUGUUGGCUACUGCUGCAGCAGUUCUAUCACUGAUCAACUUUGAGAACUCCUUCGACAACACCCAUCAAAGGAUAGGGUUAGCAGUAUACGCUUUCAUUUGGAUACAACCGAUCAUAGCCUUCUUCAGGCCUCACAGGGGCAUAAAGAUGAGGAGCGCCUGGUACUUGGUGCAUUGGCUGCUUGGGACUGGAGUUUGUGUACUGGGCAUCGCGAACGUCUACGUCGGCUUACAUGCCUUCCAUGAGAGGACCUCAAGGAGUGUGAGACCGUGGGUUGUCCUGUUCACUACAGAGGUCUCCCUCUUUGCCUUCAUCUAUCUCAUUCAAGGCAAGUGGGAUCAUAUGACGAAGGAAGGAGCGAUUCUGGCUGAGCAGGUCGCCCCCACCGGCCAUUUGACCUCUCCAAGUAGCAACCAGAAAGAGCUGACAGUGGCGUCUUAGGAUGUUGAGAGUUCUCAUUUGUUUUUAGAGGCCUUUGUUCCGUCGCGUUUCUUCUGUCGAUGUUCUACGCAAUGCCACAUCAAUGUAGAGCGACAACUCAUACACCCGUGCGAUAGGGUGUGCAGAGAAGGUGUUCGAGAGCGAGCCUGUUAGAACUGCGGAUGUGGUAGUGUGAUGUCGAUAACAUUUAACAUAUUUUGUUCGGCCA